UAUGCCCUCGGGUCCCGCCUCUGAUCCUGCAUCUCGCAUCCUUUGGUCCUGGACUACGAUUCCCGGCGUGCUUCGCUCUCCAAGGCUGGAUCGAGGUCGCGCAGCCGCCUCCAGGCUAAUUGACUAGCCUGUUGAUAGCCCUGCUUAGCAUUUCCCCCCUUUUGCCUCCCCACCUUUUCCCCACCUAGUUCUUGCCUCGGGCGAGAAAGGGCGACCAGCAGACCAGCGGACAGACGUCCUGACAUACUGAGAGCGGGCUCCGGGAUGGAAGCACUGAUGGGCUUUUGAAGAUCAGAAAGGUGGCUUAUGUAAGUGUCCAGACCCUGAACAAGAAACCAUGGCCCUGCCUUUCCAAAAAGAACUGGAGAAAUACAAGAACAUUGAUGAAGAUGAACUCCUUGGUAAACUCUCAGAAGAGGAACUAAAACAAUUGGAAAAUGUUCUCGAUGACCUAGAUCCUGAGAGCGCGCUCCUACCAGCAGGUUUCCGGCAGAAAGACCAGACACAGAAAGCAGCCACAGGCCCCUUUGAUCGGGAACACCUCCUUUCAUAUUUGGAAAAAGAAGCAUUGGAACACAAAGACAGGGAAGACUUUGUCCCCUUCACUGGAGAAAAGAAAGGAAGGAUCUUUAUCCCCAAAGAAAAACUAAAAGAAACUCGUAAGGAAGAAAAAGUGACUCUUGACCCAGAAUUGGAAGAAGCUUUAGCUAGUGCCUCUGAUACUGAACUCUAUGAUCUUGCAGCCGUUCUUGGAGUUCACAAUUUAGUCAAUAACCCAAGGUUUACUGAAGAAGUACCCAGUAACGAUAGUGGAAAAAGCCCUCCUAGAAAUGUGGUCAAAGGUGAAAAGGUCAAGCCAAUAUUUGAGGAACCACCCAAUCCCACAAAUGUGGAAGUAAGCUUGCAGCAGCUGAAAGCCAAUGAUCCCAGCCUUCAGGAAGUCAACCUCAACAACAUUAAGAAUAUUCCCAUUCCAACCCUGAGGGAGUUUGCAAAGGCUCUGGAGACCAACACCCAUGUGAAAAAGUUCAGCCUGGCUGCCACUCGGAGCAAUGACCCUGUUGCAAUUGCUUUCGCAGAUAUGUUAAAAGUAAACAAGACAUUGAAAAGUCUAAAUAUCGAGUCCAACUUUGUCACUGGAACUGGCAUUCUGGCACUGGUGGAUGCCUUGAAAGAAAACGAGACCCUGACAGAGAUCAAGAUAGACAACCAGAGACAGCAGUUGGGAACAGCUGUAGAAAUGGAAAUUGCCCAGAUGCUUGAGGAGAACUCAAUGAUUCUCAAGUUUGGAUACCAGUUUACAAAACAAGGGCCAAGAACCAGGGUAGCAGCUGCUAUCACAAAGAAUAAUGAUCUAGUUCGCAAGAAACGAGUGGAAGGCGACCGGCGAUAACCCAACCUUCGGAGGAGUGCCGCUCUGCCUUAGGCAGCUAGCUGUUAAGAUCGCAACCUUAAACUCUUGCCCCAGCGAGACCAUUUUUGCAAAGGUCAUUCAUUUCCGUUAAUUGCUCCCUCUUUAUUCACACCACUAAUAUGUUAACUUCAUUUGUGUGUGUGUGACAUUAUUUCUCUCAGAUGAAUAAUGUUCACAUAUUUUUUGUUUUCAUCAUUUGUGAUUCUGGCAUGCACAGUGAACAGUGGAUUGAUAUAGACUUUAGUUGAGUGGUAACCACCAGGAAUGACAUUAACUGCCUUCAUAUAGGGAUUUCUUGCCCAAUCUAUUCAGUGUAACCAGCUUGUGUUUUUACUUCCCACAUUUUUAACCACAAAAAUGAUUUUAGUACAUAAGAUAUGAUUUUAGGUAUAGUUGUUUUUAUCAAGCCCUAGCUCUGUUUACAUACACUGCUUUGAGUUAGGCUCAUUGUUACAGAGACAUUCUGCUGACAUAACAAAAAAACAUGUGCCAGUAUUGCCAACCCUAUAUUGGGUGAGAGUAUCGAUGGAUUCCAUGGGACUGGAAAAUUACUGAAAGAACAUACCCUACCUGUGGUGGGCCAGUAGUAUCAUAUGGAGGAGCAUCACUUUACCUUUAACAGCCUUAGGAAAAUGACUACAAAGUAUUUACCAGCCCACAAAUACAUUAUUUACCAGCUAAAAGAUCAGGUAGUGAAAUUAAUUCAAGCGCCCUUCACUACUUGUCCAGCAUAAAUUGUUUCUUAUUAUCAAGCAAUGAUAACGAUUGGAAAGGCUGUUUUCACAUUUUUCAAACAUAGCUUUUAACAUUUUAACAAAAGGUUUUGGAGCUCUGCUUUCCUUUUAAAUUCACCAUACUACUGCUCAUCAAGAUUGUCUUUUAACUGCACUUUUGAGAUGCACUGUUUGGACUAAUUAUAAACCUCUGUGGCUUUGUCUACAUAGUGCCAAAACAACAGAAUGAAAGGUGAAAAAAUCUGAUCAGUUCUGUAUUAUACCCGUUUUAUCUCCCCACUACGGAGGGGUCCCACUAUUUGGGAACAUACCAGUACAGACUGAAUUUUUCACUUGUCAUCUAGAUGUUUCUCAUAGUGCAGACAUAGCCUAUGAGAAUACAAGUGACUUAACUGGAUAUUUAAUCUGCAUAAUGUUUUUAACCUAGUCGUUCAGUACUAAAUGACAGAAAAGCAUGCUAUAUAGCACAAGGGUAGGCCGCCUUGGGCAUUGGUGCCACCUAGUGGCGUCUGAGGCAUUCUGCAACCCCUCUCCAUGUAUAUUUCUUUUUUCUUUUCUAUCUCCUUUUACUUCUAUUUUCUCCCUAAUUUUCUUUUCCCUCCUCCUUCCUUUCUUCCUUCCCUCCUUCCCAAUUUUUCCUUAUCCCCUAACUAAACCUGGGCCCUUCUGGUGUUACCAGGUGGCACACACAGAGAUCAAAUUCAGAAUUUCAAUUCUAUGGCCAAUUAUCUCUGCCAUGUGGACACAGUUUUUCUCAGUAGCAUUAAAAAAGUUAAUGAGAAAAUACAGAUAUGUUGUGUUACAGCUCUUAAUUUGUAGAAUACUGGAUCAACAUUUAAUACACAGUCUUUUUUUAAAAUGAAGUAUUUCUAAUCACUAUGACUUGUGUUAUCUAUCCUUACCUACAUCUGGGUCUUCAAAACAGCUUAAAAGUAUUUCUUAUAGAAUAUUUAUAUAGUGAGGGUUAUAGUCAGCAUAUAUGCUGGAAUCAAUAGCCACUUUCACCUGUUAAAUGAGGUGCUUGGAUUUAGGCCCCUUAAGGUUUAAAAAAAAAAUCAAUAGCUCCAGCAUGAAAUGAAAUUUAUCUAUGUGCUUCAAAUUAGUGGGAUUUUCAUAGUCACCCUGAUGUUUUCUUUGCAACUCUGCAAGACAUCACAAAGUCCCUAGGGCCACUGAAUAAAGAAAACACACCUCCAUUGAAACCAGCAGCCUCUACUUUCACCAGCCAUCCAAUAUUACAGCAUAGAGGCUAACUAAACCAAUGUUUGAGCCUACCACCAUCUUUAAACUCAAAGUCAGUGUUGCCUAAUGGGCUAGAGUACUAGGCUUUGGGUAAGAAAGCUUUAAGUAUAAAUCUGGCCUAAAGAGACUUACUAGCUUCUAUGAACCCAGGCAAGUCCAGUCACCUCUCUGAGCCUCAGUUUCCUUAUCUGUAAAAGAAUGGUGUUAAUACAAGCAUCUACUUUACAGGGAUGUGUAAGGCUCAAAUGAGAUAACAUGUGUAAAGCAUUUUGCAAACCUUAAAAGCAUUGUAUCCAUGUCAGUUAUUAUUAUUAUUCAGUGUAUAUGCUGACACCCUUGUUCUACUCUCAUGCAAAAAACAAAAUAAACAAACAAAUAAAAAAGUAGUUUUCACCUCAGACCAACUUUCCAUCAGUGAAGAAUUGAGGAAGACACAAUUAUUCCCCAGCCAGAAGUAAAAAAAAAGUUAUAAUCAGUGCACCCUAUGUCAAUGAGCUAAUGCAUUUUUUGUGAUGAUCUUAUACAAAAUUCAGGUAAUCAGCCUGAAUUUACUAUGUACUAGGCACUGUGGGAAAUACUCAAUAUCACCCUCAAGUAACUUGCAAUUUAGUCUUUAAUGAACCUUUGGAUUUCCUUGUGGGUCUUUUGGUUGGAGGGGUGGGGGAAAUGUGAGCUUGGAACACUUUAGGUCUACUAGACUGAGGGCAGGGAUUGUGCCUUACCUAAACUCUGUAUUGCUCCCACCAUAGUGCAAUGGGUGCUUAAUAUAUCUUUUUUGAAUUUAUUUUAGUUCGAAUUUAGAGAUAUACUUGAUACCCAGCAGGUGUUACUAUAGAGGAUUGGUUUAGCUGAAGAGUACUCUCCUCCUCUACCUUUUGGAGGAGUAAAUAGAACUGAUUCUUCCUGACCACACCUGUCUCCACCCAUUGGCACUGGCUCAGGUUGUGACCUUCACUCAAGAUCCUUGGCUCUAUUCCCUCUUCCUUCUCUCCUGUGUGUGGGGGAGCAAAGGGUGGGGUGAGGUGUGGUGAAGGAAAAAGCCCAAAAUCCCCUUUUUCAGCACAACCCUCCCCCCAGUUAGUUCAUGAGGGUUUUAGCCUAUGAUAAGGGUCCUGGUACCACAUGACUUUUUUUUUUCACUGCAAAGUUAAGAGGCUUAAAAGUAUAGAUUAUUCAUAAAAUUCAUAAAGCUCUGAGCCCCCCCAGGAAAUCUUUUAAUUACCAGACUCAAAGUGGGCUGUUUAAGCUAGUUGAAUUCUGUAUAGUCAAUUAUCCUCAGACUUUCCCCUCCCUCCUUCCCCUUCUAUAGCAAAAACAUCAACUCAGGACAGAUUAAAAUGGUCUUCAUCUAGAAAACCAUCAUUAAAAAUACAAAUAACCAGUAAGCAAAAAAGUUGAACACAGCAAAGAAACACUUAUUGAUAACUAUGCCAUCCACUGCACAUAACAAUAAAACAGAAGAAAAUAAUCAAAAUUCUGUAAAACUUCUAAAUUCUAAUUGCAAAUGCAAAACCUAUAGUUUCAGGGGAAGCUAGGUGGUACAGUGGAUAAAGCACUAGCCCUGGAUGAGGACCCAAGUUCAAAUCCGACCUCAGACACUUAACACUUACUAGUUGUGUGACCCUGGGCAAGUCACUUAACCCCAAUUGCCCUGCAAAAACAAAACAAAAAAAACUAUAGUUUCCUCUCCCUCUUCUAAAAUUAGAUAGAUCCUAUAAAAGGGUUCUUCUACCAUAAAAAACCCAACCAUUAUUAUCCUUUAAUAUUCCUUCCUACCUCAAAUAUUCCCAUUACUUCCUCCUAAAAUCAAAACAAAACAAAAACAAAAACAAAUAAGCUCAUAAUAUGCCAGAAGUGGAAAAACAGUGGUAUGAUAGUACCCAGGGAAGUUUAGAAAAACUUGAUAAAAGAACAUAGGAAUCCUAUUCCUAGCAGGAGUUAAGCCUCCUGCUAGUGAAUUGGCAAGUCUAUAAAGACAUGUUUUGAAUCCAUUUGCUGAAGAAUAAAGGUGUUAGCCAUCUCCCUCCCCACCCCCACCCCCAUUCCUUUCCUUUUCUUCAACUGUGAAUCUAUUUAUUUUGUCAUUUGGAUAUUUAGAAAAUUGAUUGGGGGUAUUUGAGGGGAAGAAGGAGGAACUGAAGGCUAAUUGCCUAAUGGCAAAACUAAUAGCAGCUCAGCUCCACUCCCCACUGAGCUAUUUCCUGCCUUCUGUACAAACAGCUAUUAUUGCACCAUCAGUAAAAAAAAGGGACUAAGAACCUUAAACUUUAAAUCUGCAACCUGAUCCCAAGCACAAAUCUUUACAGGGAGACCUCUCAUUCAAAGAUAUGCAAAAGACUCCUCUUUCCCACUCUCACUCAUUGGCAUUGGGAAAAGGGGGAAACACCUGAAACUUCUCACCAUCAUUUUCAUUCUGAACCCAAAAAUCGUGAAGACUGUGAAGGUUGACCCUUCAUGUAGGGGUGGAUGAUCUGAAUAGUGAGACUGGAGGAAAUCUUAAUAUGGUUUAUUUAAAGGAAUUGAGGACAUUUAACUUGGGAAAGAGAAGACUUGGAAGAUGGAGGGAAGACUGCCUAGCAAGGUUGCUGGGUUCAGAUAUCUGAAAGAUUGUCAUGUGGAAGAAGAAUUAGACUCUUGGCUCCUGAUCACAGACUUUGCUAUGGGUGGGAAUUUAAAAGGGAGGCUAAUUUCAAUUCAAACCUAAGGAAACACUUUCCAACAAUUAAAUCUGUCCAAAAAUGGAAUCAGUCAGCUGUCACAGCAAAUUCCCCAUCAUGGUAGGUCUCAAAGUAGGAACUGAACGUUCAGUCCUUGGGGAUGUAGAUAGGAUUUAUGAUAAGAAUAAGGAGUAGGGUCGCUUCCAACUCUUUCAACUCUGAUCUCUUAUUCUACAACCUGCUGGGCCUCUUCCUCAUCCAGGCAUUUGUCAGUCUUUGAUGGUAAAUAACGUAAGGAUAGGCUGGCAAAGGAGAAAUUCAUCUGAGACCAAGAUUUUGUUUGGGAAAUUGAAAUUGGCAAAUUUACUCAUUUUACAUUGAGCCUAUAAGUAGAUCCCAUUAUUUUUCAAGGGCAAGAAGUCUUUUAAGACAUACACAGUGAUGUUUUAUUUUUUUAAUAGUUACUUGUGUCCCUUUGAAUAGGAUUGUGGGGGGAGGAACCCACAUAGAGAGGGCCUACAUGUGACUGUGCACCUGAUGAUCCUCCUGUCAGUCCUGUCUACUCCUCCCAAGUACAAUUGGUUUCUAGGGGUGAAUGGAGUGAGGAGAUAUUUUCUUCCUCCAUUUCUUCCUUUUUCUAUCCUUGACCUGGUUUUGUUUCCCAUAUGGUAUUAAAAUCAAUCUGCCUAGAAUGAGCCCUAUUCUAAUACAUGAAGGAAGAAAACUUCCAAAACAGGAAUUUGGGUCCUGGGCCAAGGGUUCGGAAGUGCAACAGGAAGGCCAUGAGGUGAAGGAAGAAUCAGAAAACAGGAGGCAGUUUGUAAUGUCUCACUGUUAUCCUCCUCUUGUUAUCAAACUCCAAGAGAGUUCUCUUUACCCAGCAGCCUCAUUACAGGUGCUAGCUCUGGUGCUAAAGGGGAAAAAAUUACCCAUUUUAUGUCAGAUUAGCUUUUCCCCAUAUCAUAGCAGCCACCUCAUCAUCACCAGCAGCCAAACAUUGGUCAUGAUAGUAUUCUACCACCACCAAGACCUCCAGGAACCUUUAUGACCCAAAGCCCUGUACUAAGAGCUGUGUUUCAUCACCAUUCUAUGGAAGAGGUGGGAAAGAAAAGAAAGGUACUUCUGAGUUGGGGUUCAAAUCAUCAGUGCAGUCAAUAAUAAUGCUGGCUAUUAGCAGCAUAUACAAUUAACUAUUUAUUCACACUAAUGGAGAAGUAGUAGCAUGGAUAACCCAAAAUAUAAAAGAAUACAAACAUUACCUUUUCUUUCCAUACUUAUAAAAUGAAGAUAUUAAUGCUUACACUACCUAGCUUACAUGGUUAUUUCCAAGAUAUCUGAUUCCUUUUAUCCCCUUUAAGUAGAUAUUUUAUCACUAAAUAAGAUAAUAAAUGUGAAAAUGCUUUAAAAAUAAUGCUAUAGGGCGGCUAGGUGGCCAGUGGAUAAAGCACCGGCCCUGGAUUCAGGAGUACCUGAGUUCAAAUCUGGCCUCAGACACUUUACACUUACUAGCUGUGUGACCCUGGGCAGGUCACUUAACCCCCAUUGCCCCACAAAAAAAAAAAAAUAAUGCUAUACAAAUGCAAGGUGGUAUGGUAUUUAGUGUUAAGAUGCAUUAUAUUUUUGUAACAAAUCUACCUUCCUCACUACCAUAUUUAUUUGCAUAGGUGCCCUUAUUCCUUUCCUAGCAGAAAUGUUUGUUAAUAUAUAGAGAGGGGCAGCUAGAUAGCUCAGUGGAUAAAGCAUGGGCCCUGGAUUCAGGAGUACCUGGGUUCAAAUCCGGCCUCAGACACUUAACACUUACUAGCUGUGUGACCCUGGGCAAGUCACUUAACCCCAAAUGCCUCACCCAAAAUAAAUGAGAGAGAGAGGGGGGGGGGUGUUAAUAAUUAAGGGAGCAUAAAUUCUAAUCCUAUUCUUGCCACUUACUAGCCCUUUGUCUGGGUCUCAGAUUCCCUUACCUGUCAAAUAAAUUAAAAUUGAAUUAAACUUCUUUCCAGUUCUUAUUUGGUUAUUUUCAAUUACUUGCUGCUCUGCUUCUUUGGAUAGAAGAGAACCCAGAAAAACCUGAUCUGCUAAUACAACAUAAUUUCCCUCUUAGUGAAGCCUCUGAAAGUUUGAUAAGAGGAGAAAAUUUUAAAAGUAGCCAAGAGAAAUUCUUUCAGUAAGAAAAGGAUCUUUUAACCCUCUUCUGUGGCUUUUACCAAGUCUCUGAAGGGAUUUCUAACAAGCACACUGCCAAGGAGGAAAUCAUGUGGGUGGGGAAAAAAUAAUUAUUUUCUCCUUCAAGUUAGGAGAUAGUAUGGCAAUAGGAAAAGGAAAGGAAAGUAAAGGAAAAAAAAGUUUCCUUUACAAUUAAAGAUAGCAUGAAAUAUCUCUCUCAUAUCGAUUAUCUUACAAAUCCUGAGCAUACAUUGGCUAGUCAGGAUUAUGGGAUGGUGGGAAGGGAAUAAGGAAGAAGAUUAGGUAAACUAUACAGUGAAAAUAGAAUGCAUGUGAAACAUACUUAUAAGGAAUCUUUGUUUUAGAACCAAAUAUUGCUAGUGACAAUCUUUAAUUUAAAAAUAUAUAUUUAUUCCAACUUCAAAUUAUUUCCUUCAGCAUGAAUUUCUUUAAAACCUUCAACAAUAUUUCUGAAAUUAUUUUUAAUCAAGCCUUUGAUUAUAUUUCAAUUACUUCAUCAGAUCAAGAGAAACAAACAUGAAGCAUCUUAACCCAUCAAUAUAUGCAUGAUGCUCUGUAAUAGUAUAAUCAGUGAUGGGAGCUUUGUAAUAUAUGGCAACAUGAACCUGUAUUACUUUGGCCAGAACAAAGGAGAUGGUAUCGUGAUAAACUGUCUGAAGUUAUUUAAGCAGCAGUGUGUGAUCCUAUUCUUAUUGGGCUAGCUCACUCUUGGAAAAUCCAUGGAAUCUCACUUUCUUUCUCAUUUAUAAGAUUGCCCCAUUUUACAUAAACAACUGAUUUUGGUCAUUAAUGUGUUAAAGGCCAUUUUUCCCGUUAUUUGCAAAGCUAAUGAAGUUGAACAAAAGUUAGAGAACAAAUAUAUGAUGCAAAAAGUAUAAAACAAAUCAUUGGGUCGAUCUGUAGAGGGUUUAUGAAAAGACAAUGGAUAAGAACCAUAUAAGAGGCAUGGAGAAAGUGUCCAUGCUAGUGAAAUAACAGAUCCAUAAAGCCAAUUAUCCUGAAAAGAUUCUAAUUGAUUAAAAUAAGGUAAUCAAUUUUGUGACCCCUUAGGGCAUUAACCAGGCCCAAUACUGAACAGAAUAUGAAAUACUUAUUGGUUAAAAUCUCUCUGCUAUCAAAGGUUUAAUAUUGUAUUUAUUUGUUCCAAAUAAAAACUUAAAGAAAAUUUAGGGUUACUAACAUAUCCUUUAAAAAUGAAACAAAAGUCCAAGUGUGUCUGGAUAAUCUCUGUAUAUAUCAUUUCAUGUUAUUCUUUUUUCCCCAAAUAAAAUGUCCAUAUUAAA